AUGAAAUAUUUAUUUUUAAUUAUUAUUUUUGUUAAAUUUCAAUUUAUAUUUGGGAUGGAAAAAGGGGAAGGUUCAAAAGAUCCGAUCAAAAUGGAAGUUGGAGAAAGCUCUAAGUUUGGGUUUAUUAGAGGGUAUCUAGAUCAAGAUCAAUUAAAUUUAUCUGGCAACUUAGAUAAUGAAGAAUUUACUCAAUUACAAUUAAAAGAACAUGAAAAAAUAAAUAAACUUUUUGAAGAACAAAAUAAGCUUUGUCAAGGAUUGGAGAAAAAUUUAGAAAAGCAAAGCCAAUUAAAAAAUGACAUAGAGAUAAUUAAAAAUUAUCAUAGUGAAUAUGUGCAAUAUAUUCAUAACAAUUUCCAAAAAAUUCAGCAGGAACAAAAGUUUAAUGAUGGGGAUGAUUUAAUGAAGAAAUAA